AAGAAAAUUGAUCUUUGUUGAUAUAAUUAUAUCUACUUUCAUCAAGAACAAGUCGGCAAUGUUGAUAGUUAUAAUGACCAUGAUGAUGAUAAUGAUGAUGAUGAGAGAUGAUGGUGAUGAAAAAUCUAAAGGUGGGCUUCGCUUUACCUUGAAAGUGAGAUGCUUUUUCACACAUAUUUGCCGGUUCAUUUAAAAAGAUCAAAUAUUCCAUUUUCUAGUCGCAAUUAUAUUUCUUGUUCCCCUUCUUCUUAUGUACAUUUUCACCCCAUUACCCCCGACCCUCGGCUUCUCCCUCUUUCUCCUCCAACGAACCAAUCGGGAGGUUAUAGUUAACCGCAUCAAAGAAAAGCCGACAGGUCUUACGUUACGUUCUAACAUGAGCUUUGAAGUUGCCGACAAUCAACAAAACACAAAAAAAGGUCCACAAGAAACAAGCAAAAGAGAAAAUAACAUCAAACAGUCAACAGUUAGAAAAGAGAAGAAACAAAAAUAUCCAUAAGAUAAAAGAGACUUUUCAUCUCUCUCAUUUUCUUCUCUUCUGUGUAUUUAUCCCUUUCUCUCUCUCUCUCUCUCUCUCUCUUUCUCUUCUCUGUUUCUCUCUCUCUUCAUGAAUACGAAUCAUUCUCACUCACUUGCUGCUUCUUCUUCUUCUUCUCCAUCCUCAUCUUUUCUUCUCUUUCCACCUUAACUGAUCUUCUUUUUGUUUCUUCUUAUGUUCUAAUCUUUUAAUUGUUCUUGGACAUUUUUCCUUAAUUUACUUUCGUAUUUACAGUUGAUUAUCUUCCAUUUCUAUUAGUAGCUUAUUAAUGUUCUUCUGUGAACCAAGUGGAUUAUCAUCUCAUCUCAUUCUCUUCACUCUCUCUCUCUCCAAUCUUAACCUUGUUCUAAACUCCCUGUUGCUUUAUUUUCAUAUUCUCUCAGUUGUUCUGUUCUCUUACUCGUUGAUUGUUUAAGUUGAUCAAAUUUUCUCUCGAUCCAUUUUUCCUCUUCGGUGGUUUACCAAUACAAUUUAGAGAAAACUCCAUUUGCCUCUCUCUCUUAAUUUCGUCCAAUGUCUUAAUUGUUCGCGAUUCUCUCAUCUUGAUUCUCUUCAUCACCUGUGGAUCUGUGAUUUAUCUCAUCUUCUUUUCUACAUUUGUUUACAUUCAUUUGCUCUCUCAUCUUGGAGCAAUCACACGACAUGGUGAAGAAUAAGUUAAUUUUAUCUCUUUCCAUGUAUCCCCAUUUAAUUGUCACAAUUUCAAUCAAUCUUUUUGUAUCAUGUUUACUUUUGUUGAUCAGUUUAAAUUGUUACAUUUAUCCAAUGAGAAUCUCUCAUAUUUCUAACCAACAUCAAAGUCUCGGUAAAUUAUCACAAGUGAUUCGUUUCAAUCCAUCAAAUUGGUCACCAUCGCCAUUAAAUUCACCUUCAUCCUCAUCAUCUUCCAAUUCUACAUUAUCUUCAUCGGUGUUUUCAUCUUUUUUACCGUUAGGAUCAUCGCCAGUGUCUUUCGAGCAACAACAUGACACUGAUGAUACUCUUUUCUUCACCAAAAAUCCUCCAGAAUUAUCCUCAUCCUCCUCUAAAUCCACUAAAGAUUUUCCCACCUCCCACCCGAACAAUCAUCGUCAUCACAAUCACAACCACAAUCAUCAUCACCAACAUUCAUCUUCAUCAUCUCAGAAAUUUUUCUACGAAUCUCUUCCGUUAAAAAGGUUCAUGUUACGGAAUAAAAGUGUCACUUGUAACGACGGAACCAAAGCGGGCUACUAUUUCCGUUCGGCUCCUGGUCCAUCUAAACGUUGGAUCGUUUUUCUUGAGGGUGGUUGGUACUGUUUCUCUCCGGCCACUUGCCAUCAACGUUGGCUUGGGAUGCGCAACCUGAUGACCUCCGCUCACUGGCCUCAAUCACGAUCAGUCGGUGGAAUCCUUUCUCCAAACCAAAGUGAUAAUCCAUUUUUUUAUAAUGCAAAUCAUGUUUUUGUACCUUACUGUUCAUCCGAUUCCUGGUCAGGUGAUUCACCUGCAGCCACAUCGGCUGAUUUAUCUUUCCUCGGCUCUCGUAUAAUCACCGAGGUAAUUAGUGAAUUGUUACACAUGAAAGGCUUAUCCGAUGGUAAAACCCUUCUUUUGGCGGGAAGCUCUGCAGGCGCUGGUGGUGUUCUUGUUAAUCUUGAUCGUGUUGCCGAUUUAAUCUCAUCAACAGGAUCUAAAAUUGAGGUGCGAGGCUUAAUGGACUCUGGUUGGUUCCUUGAUAAUCAACCUUUUGAUUUUAAAUCUUCUCCAUCAUCUUUUCAAAACAAUUACAACAAUGAAGAUCCUUUAGAUCUCGAUAACAUGGAUGAAGAUAAAGAGAUCGAUGAUCAAGAUAAUCUUAAAAAGUUCACCUUCAAAUCUCAAUACUCAUCAUCGCCAUCAUCAUCAUCAUCAUCAUCAUCUUCCCCUUCAUCAACCUGUACAAGUGCAAUAAAUUGUUCACCAAUUGAAUCAAUCAAACUGGGAAUGAAACUUUGGAACGGUCAAGUUCCCGAUAAUUGCCGAUCAAGAUUCCCAAAGGAUCCAUGGAGAUGUUAUUUCGGUUAUCGUUUAUAUCCAACGCUGAAAACUCCGCUUUUUGUUUUCCAAUGGAUUUACGAUGAAGCUCAAAUGAUCGCUGAUAAUGUUGGUGCUCCAAUAACCAAAGCUCAAUGGAAUUACAUCCAUCAAAUGGGUCAAGAAUUAAGAAAUUCUUUAUCCAAUGUAUCCGCAUAUUUUGCUCCAUCAUGUAUAUCUCACAUCGUUCUAACUAAAUCAAGUUGGAAUAGCAUUAAGAUCAAUAAUAUAAGUCUUCCGCAUGCGAUUCGUUGUUGGGAAUUAUCCUCAUCUUCAAAUGGUUCAUCGUAUUCAUCAUCUCGACGAGAUGUUACCAGUCGAACUCAUAAGAAUCAAUACUCAUCUCGAUCACAAGUUUCUACUUCUUCAUUUGUUGCUGAUGAAUUUCGUCCAAAUCAUGAGAAUCAAUCAUCAUUUAAUCAACAACCUCUUCCAAUAUCAUCAUCAUCCAAUCGUCAACAAAACACAAAACGAUCGCCGUCAACAGUUUCACCUCAAAUUGUUCCUAAUUCACAUUCAAUCCAAUCGUUAGCUUACCUAAGUGAUAAUACUAAUCGAACUGUAAAUUCUGAUGUUAAUCUUAAUAUACUGAGUAAUUCAAGUUAUAGUAAGAAAAAAAAUGGUAAACGUCGACAUAACAAGAAACACAAAAAACGUCAACAACAGUCACAAGAAACGAUUCGUUCUAAGCGACUUGCCGCUCGAAAUGAGCGUCGCUUGAGACUUUCAAAACUCGAAAACAAAUCUCAAUGUCGAUUCAAUCAUAUCGACUCAUGUUCGUGGCCUCAGUGUAAUUCAGGGUGUCCAAAACUCCACAAUCCAUUCACAGGCGAGGAAGUUAAUUUCCUGGAGCUCUUAAAGUCCUAUGGUUUCAAUUUAAUGGCAGUCGCUCAAGCUCUUGGAUUGGAACCCAAAGCUCUCAAUGAGAUGGACGAUGGAGCUUUACUCCAAUUAUUUCAUCGAAAGGUGUCUUAAUUGUUAACCAUUUUUUAUUCGAGAUUAAUGAUUGUUAAUUUAAUUCUAAUGGUCAAUCUUACGAAAUUGUUAAAUUAUUUGAGAAAACACACAAUUCAACAAAACCAAGUUAAUGGAAUGAUAAUUGUUAUCAUAAUUUUAACUCCUUAAUUAUUGAAACUAAUUGCGAAUUAUAAUUAUUUUGUAAUCGACAACUUUUAAUUAUCUCACUUUAAUUGUAAAUAUUGUUCAUUUGUAGAAAGCAUCACAAAUCAAGAUCUAAAAUUAAAUUAAUCAGUUUUAA